GACUCAUUUAAUUGAGAAGCGUGAAAUUGAAGUCAACUUCCGACAGAGCACAAGACAUGGCGCUGAAUAGCGAGCGAUCCUUGGUGCUGGUUCUACUGGCUGCCAUCUCCGUUGUUGGCCAACCAUUCGAUCCCGCCGACAAUUCCCCGAUGAAAAUAGAUAAUCGCAUAGUGUCGGGAAGCGAUGCGAAAUUGGGCCAGUUUCCCUGGCAGGUCAUACUGAAGAAAGAUGCCUGGGAUGAUUUACUUUGCGGAGGAUCAAUCAUAUCGGACACCUGGGUGCUCACGGCGGCCCAUUGCACAAUAAACCGAAACUCCAUCUUCCUGAUGUUCGGCACUGUGCAGCUGUUCAACCCGAAUGCCCUGAACAUGACGUCCAGCAAUAUCAUAAUCCAUCCGGACUACAAUGACAAAUUGAAUAACGAUGUCUCGCUGAUCCAACUGCCAGAACCACUGACAUUCUCGGACACCAUUCGGCCCAUACAACUGGUGGGCCAGUCGGCGGAUUCGAUCGAUUUUGUGGGCAGCCUGGCGACCAUCGCUGGAUUCGGUUAUACGGAAGAUGAGUACCUGGACAGCUCGGAAACCCUGUUGUAUGCCCAAGUCGAGAUCAUUGACAAUGCGAACUGUGUGCCCGUCUUUGGUGAAUAUGUCGUAGUGGACUCGACCAUGUGUGCCAAAGGAUUCAAUGGUAGCGACAUGUCCACUUGCAGCGGCGACUCUGGCGGUCCUCUCAUUACGUACAACAAAACCAACCAACAAUGGAUACAAAUUGGCAUCAACUCAUUCGUCGCUGAGGAUCAAUGCACCGCCCGGCUACCAUCUGGAUACGCACGGGUCUCGUCCUUCCUCGGCUUCAUUGCAGACAAAACGGGCAUUGUUGUAUGAAAUAGGCACUGACUUCAAUAAAAGCAUUUACACUGCGCGUCACCAGGAUAGCGCCCCUUGAGCAAA